GGGCCCCGGUAGCAGUCGGGAUGAGCAUAGACGUGGCCAGCAUAGACAUGGUGUCUGAAGUCAACAUGGACUACACAUUGACUAUGUAUUUCCAACAGUACUGGAGGGACAAACGUCUCGCCUAUCUUGGUAUCCCACUCAACCUGACCUUGGAUAAUAGAGUAGCAGACCAGCUCUGGGUACCAGACACCUAUUUCCUCAAUGACAAAAAGUCAUUUGUUCAUGGGGUCACUGUCAAAAACCGCAUGAUCCGUCUUCAUCCAGAUGGAACUGUUCUUUAUGGGCUCAGGAUAACGACGACAGCAGCAUGCAUGAUGGAUCUCAGGAGGUAUCCCCUGGAUGAACAGAACUGCACUCUGGAGAUAGAGAGCUAUGGCUACACCACAGACGACAUCGAGUUCUACUGGAAAGGGGGCGAGUCAGCUGUCACAGGGGUGACGCGCAUCGAGCUGCCGCAGUUUUCCAUUGUUGACUACAAGUUGGUUUCCAGAAAUGUUGUGUUUUCCACAGGUGCCUACCCUCGGCUUUCUCUGAGCUUUAAACUUAAGAGGAACAUCGGCUAUUUCAUUCUGCAGACAUACAUGCCAUCCAUCUUGAUUACCAUCCUCUCCUGGGUAUCCUUCUGGAUAAACUACGACGCCUCCGCGGCCAGGGUGGCUCUAGGAAUCACCACCGUGCUGACCAUGACUACUAUCAACACCCACUUGAGAGAGACGUUGCCCAAGAUCCCGUACGUUAAGGCCAUCGACAUGUACCUGAUGGGCUGCUUUGUCAUGGUCUUCCUUGCGCUUCUGGAGUAUGCCUUUGUCAACUACAUCUUCUUUGGGAGGGGCCCUCAAAUGCAAAAAAAGCUGGCAGAGAAGGCGGAGAAAGCCAAUAAUGAGAGGGCAGCCAAGUAUGAUGCUGCAAGGGUAAGUUUGACUGGACAUGGGAACAUCCUUCUGACCACCCUGGAAGUCCAUAAUGAAGUAGCAGGAGGAGAGAUCACCACCAGCUUGGCAGACAUCAGGAACUCGCAGUCCAUGGUGCAGUUGGACAGCACGGCCUCGACACAUAUUCAGUAUCGCAAGCAGAGUGGCGGAAUUGGUCCACGUUCUGCCAGUCGUCACUCCCUGGACCGCUCCGCUCAGAUGAAACGCAGCCGACUGAGAAGGCGGUCCUCGCAGCUGAAAAUCAAAAUCCCUGACCUGACCGAUGUGAAUGCCAUCGACCGUUGGUCACGGAUCAUUUUCCCCUCAGUUUUCUCCUUUUUUAAUCUUAUCUACUGGCUCUACUAUGUCUGACUGGACAGGUUGUUUGUUUGUUGUUUUAUUUAUUUCAUUUUGGCUUGGUUUACCUCCUUUUGUCUGUGCUUUUAUACAUGCAUUACAUCUAUCAACAUCAGACUGAAAGACUGAGAAAGUUCUGGACCAAGGUCUCCUCCAAUAUCUUUUUAUAUUUGCCGACUUUUAAUCUGUAUUCUUUUCUAUAGUAUGUACUGUAGCUGGGACUUGUGAUAGUCAUUUCCCAUAAAACAGAAACAAAAUGCCAGCAAUUGAUUAAAUACAGUAUUUGCAAAAAAAAUCUAAAUUAAAUAAACCGUGAAAGCACAGUAUUCUAAUCCAAAAAAGAAAACGUUAUACCACAGAGGUGAUCAGAAAAAUGCAGUCAAUUGCUAAAAAUCCAUUAAACAAUAUGUUUGAUUGGUACCCUAUGCACUAUAAAUGCAUGUAAUGAUCUUCCAAUGUGGUCAGCUUUUACCGACAGUUUUUUCUUCAGGACUAUCAUGACUCUCAGGCUCCAGAUUUUUAACUAUUCUUGGUGUCACAUUUGGUCACGAAGAGGAAUGACAAAACAGCACAAGAAUGAAAAACACUGCCAUUUUAUUUCCAGUUCACCUUUUAAUGGCUCCUCAAGCAAACGCUGUACCCAAGUAUACCCAAAGUGAUCAAACUGCCAAGGGGUGUCCAGGAGGCAUUGUUACCCACCCAGCAUUGGCUCGAAGUUCGUUUUCCCCCAAGUAUUCUUCAUACAUUUGUUUGUUACUCAUUUCAGUGUGCUAUUUUUCAGUUGGAUAUCCUACAAAUUGCACAUCCAUCAUAUCUUGGGAUACUAUUGUACUCUUAGUCUUUCAAGUGUUUAUUUGAUUUCCCACUCUGUCCUGUUGCAAACAAUGAUACACUGGAGAAGUUAAUUUUGUGUAUAUUGAAAAAUGUAUAUACUAUACAGUAUACAACGUCUGCAAACCCUAAAGGGAAAAAAAAGAUCAAAUGAGCAUUGAGUUUGUGAUUGUUAUGCUGGCUAUGACACGUCAGUCAAUUUAAUACAAAAAAAGACAAAAAAUAUUAAUUUUUUUUUCUCCAAAAUGUGACCAUGCUGAAGUUCCAGCUGAUGCAAAUGGAUUUUAAUGGACUCCACAGCCAGACCACACAGGCCAGCUGAUGAGCACAUGCUAGUGUUGAAUGUAUCAGAUCCAUUGUUCUUCAGGUAGAGGAUAAUGAGCCAUGGUCAUACUUACUUUCCAUCUGAAUGUAACCCCCUCAUGAUAUUGCAAGUGUGCAGGGGCAUGUACACAUGCAGGUUGGCGAGCAGCUAUUGGGGUGUUUUGGCUCGACUGCUGCAUGUAGAACUGGAUUGUGGCUUAGACUAAUCAACCACUUCCGAUUUCUGACUGAUAAAUCUGAAAUGCUCUCUUUCAUGACCGUCGCCACCCCCAACACAUCUCUAACAAACAUAGCUUUGUGCAUGAACAUAUAUUAAAUAUGACUACUAAGAGAUACAUAAGAGUACAACUUUAAACUUGUGACGAUCUUAAAAUAACUGAAUGUAUUGUACUUGGAUUGUUGCUGUCUGGCUACAAUUUAUUUUGAGAUCAAUAUGAAUAGGGGUGGGGGUGAUGCAGUCCCCGAGAUGGUCCUGUUUUCUACUGUGUAGACAAGGCCUCAUGUAUACAUGUACGUGUGAGGUGCUUUUAAGGAAUCCUCACAUUCCAGAAGAAAGUUAACAAUAUUUGUACAUCUAUAGUAUGAAAACAACGAAUGAAGGCUCCUACUCUAGGGCCAUUAUUUUCUUUUUUAUCAACAAGAUGAGAAAAAAAAGGAAAGCAAACACACUGCUGAGACCUAAGUUAUUGUGUACUGUGCAUGCAACAACACAUUUGGAGAGACUUAGAGAGGGGCAGAAAAAUUAUUUACCCAGCCUCAUGAAAGCUAACAAAUGAUCACUUUUGCUUUGUUGCUGACUUGGAAAAGAAAGAAAAAAAAGUCAGGUGUUGUAUGGCCUUGGUCCCAUAAUGGAAUGUGAAAUGUUCUGUGCUGCCACAAAAUGUAUUUAGUCUUAGAUUUAUAUUGUAUAUCUCUGGAUGUUUCUCUUCCUUUUUCAAAGGAUGAUUAUCUUAAAUCAUCAAAUAAAUGAAAUACAUUGUACAUGUUCAGUUUGUGAGCUUAUUUAACAUUGAAGGUAAAUGAACAUAAUUUGGCAUUAUUUUUUACAUAAUGUACACUUUGCUUAUUUUUGGCGGCGGGUUGGUGCUUGGAAAGGAUUAGGCUAUUUACAUGUGAAAUGUGUUUCUACUUACGAAAGUGUCAUGUUACGAGACGACUUCCGGAACAAAUUAAUUUCGUAAGUCCAGGCACCAAUAUACAAGCGUGGCUUUACAAGUCAGAAGACACCAGAAACAUCAAAAAGCCGUUGCAUUGAGGUCAUAUUAACACAUACUGUUGCUUUAAGUAGUCAUGAUGAAUACUUUCACUUAAUCAAGUUCUCCCUUGAAUUAUAAGCCCCCAAUUAAGCAUAUUUAUGGAUUUCCUAUUGGCCUUCUUAAGCUUCAGGGCAACUGUAUGCACUUAUUUGAAGAGAAAUCAAGAGAAUAUAGGUGGACUGAUCAGGACUGCUGCUGGAUACCUCACAUGAAUACAUGGUAAUUAUUUUAGUAUCAGCUUAAACACAUCCAGAGAGAAUCAGGUGAGCAGCUAUGCAGCAGGUGAGUAGCAAUGCAGUUUCACUCAAAGUUCAGUUAAAGCGUCUGCAGGCUUGGGAAGAGUCCAGGGGCCAGGAAAGACAAGAGUCUCAAUGUUCAGGAGUCCACGACGGGAAAACGCAUACUGCCAUGUCAUUGCAAACACCAAACAGCCAUAGGAGCUGGUCAACAAAAGCAGAAACUGAUAAGCCAGAAUUCAUGGUUGGGGACAGAAAGCUGAAGUGGUUACCUAGCAAACCACUAGGCAAGAAAGUCACGGGGACGCAAGAUCGGCAAUGGAAGAUAACAAGCAAGAGUGGUUUAGUGUGUUGCACAAGCAGGUGAAAAAGAAUCCGUGAGUAAGCAGGAGAGGGUUUAAUAAUAGCUUGACUGCAGAUCUGCAGCACCUGGUGGGCAGAGUGACUAAUAAGCUGGGAGUAAUUAACUGGCAGAGUGGAGCAGUGGUAGUGGUAGCAGAAAACCACAAGACGAGCACACAGGUAAAGAGGAGGAAGAAAAUCAGGCCAGCAAUGUCACAGAUGAGUUGAUCACUCAGAAUGUAGUGAGACCACACCCAGGACCCCUUUAUAGGACUUUGGCCCAGAGAAUGAAGCCAUUUGAGUACUGCAUGCUGCCCUCCUUCGCCAACUUAGGGAGGACCAGGACACCUUUUUGUAGCAGUUAACCUCGAAGUUGAACUAUUUUUUCAAUCUGCCUCAGAGGAAAACGUUGGUCAACCCACGCCACCAUCCCGUGCUCUGGACUUGUUUUUGCCCAGCCCAUUGCAUCCAUCUCCUGCUCUUGUCUCGUCAACACUUGGCCCGUGGCAUCUGCCUCUUGUUUUGGUUUUGUCGACGCCCGGCUCGUGGCAUCCAUCACUUGCUCCUAUUUUCAUGGCUUCUGACCAGCAACUGCUCCCUUGCUCUUGCUUCAGUGGCGACAUCAGGCCGUGGCGUCUAACACAUGCUCCUGUCCGGUAAGCACCCAGCCCGCAGCGUCUCCCACGUGCUCCUGUCUCGUCGGCACCCGCCCCACACGGUCCACCAUGUGUGCCUGUUUUGUCUCCGCCCGGCCCAUAGCAGCGACUUGCUCGUUCACUCUAUCGCCAGCGUUCAACUGGCCUGCGUAUCCUGCGCUUCAGGCGGCAUCGCUAAAACUACGGCCGAUCCUUCUCGCUUCUGCUUCAGCGGUUCACAACUAGCGGCGGUGUUUUCCCCACAGCAGCUGCUUCCCAUGCCUGCUCUCGUUCCUGCGUCUGCCUUGGCAGUACUCGAACAGCGUCUGUCUCUCACUCCUCCUUAGUGGUGCUUCAACUGCAGCGGCUGCCUCUUGCCCCAUUGGUGGUACAUCGCCCGCAGUUCUGUUCCUGUUUGGAUCCUGCUUUGCCAUUGGGACACUUUAUGGAAGUCUGCCUGAGUGGCCCUGUUUAAACCUUGGUACUUGCCAUCUUAGUCGACCUCCUGAACUGCUCAGCCAAGCACCUCGCUUUGGGUGUCCUGGACGACCACUGGACUGACCAACCCAAUGAGACCACAGUGAUCCUUGCAGUGUACCAAUAGGAACUACUGUAUGUUACUAUGUUAGUGGGAAGCUGUGAACUACGGCUAGUUCAUUUUGGCGAAAGAUAUCUUAGGCAGGGGCAUGAAGUGCUAAAUUUGUCAACAACGGUGAAGCUCGUCAUGUUGUUGUCAGAUGGGAUCAAGCCUGUAAUGAAGUCCAGAGAGAUGUGGGACUAAUGGCGAUGGGGAACAGAGGAGCUCUGAUGUGAUUGUGGUGAGUUCGACAAAAUCCUCUUUAAGGGAAGCCCAGAAGACCCGCUGGAGGAAUAGAGCAAAGGUUCUGUGAAACCCAUAGUGGCAUGUAAGCUUGAAAGUACAAGCCCACUGGCGGAUGUCUUACCUUUUUAUUUUUUAAUGUAAAUUCUGGUAUGAAACAAGGAAGUCUGAACACAGAAAUGAGCUUCCACCUGAAAAAGGUCAAAGCCCGCCAAAAGCAACCCUAUAUCAAGUGCCUACCACAAACAAUUAUGGCCAAGGGCACCAGACGAAGGGAGAGGAGGGUGUGAACCCAAGGGGGGAUGUGAGAGACCCACUUUUAUCAGAAGCCUAAAAAACUGAAAGUGGGAAAGGAGGGAGGAACAGGCCUCAAGAGACAAGUUGAAAGAAAUGUGAAUACCACCCAAAUGCAAUGGUUACGAGGCUAGCGAACUGGCAAUCAUUAUCUCUGUACCGUGAUUGUGUGUGGUGGGGUGUUGUGGAUUAAAUUUGGGAAGACUGGUGGGGCUGAGGCACUCCAUCCAGGCCAACCAGCUCCUCAAAAGUACUGUACGUGCAAAUGUAUAGUAUGUGGUCCUGGGUUUUGUAAAGGUACUGCGAAAAAAACUACCUCUCAGGGUCAUUCUUAACCUAGCUGUGCAUCUCAGAGUUUAGAACCCUAAGUCUUCCUUUUUUUGGCAUCUAGUCAAAUUAUAUCUCACAAUGUAUGCAUGGAAAUUCUUCAGAAAUGCAUACUUGCCAUUUACUGUUACUAUAUUCAUGCUUUUAUGCAAGUAUGCAUUUCCCUUGGGGCACGAGUGUU